UAUAAACAUUUAAGUAUAUGCAGUAUAUCAAGAUUUCUAUUUUUUUUUAGAGUUCCUUGUUUCUUUACACAGGUUGUCUCAACCAGGCUUCUGUGAGAGGUCCCCAGGGGUUCCACCACUUCCACCAAUGCAGCAGAUUCCUAUUCACCCAAUGGAGUCACUCUACACAUGCUCAGUUUAUUGUGUAUUGCUAGAGAGUUUUUUUUUUUUCUUUGGGAGGGUGCAUGUGAUCAGCACAGGGCCAAUUAGUGCUGUCCAGACACGGUGUCAGGGG